GGGAACCCCAAACGUUCUACCAACCUAAAAGUCAUUGAGUCAACGGUUGAAAAUAAAACAGUGCGUUACGUACCUGAAGAAACUACAAUAUCAUUUCCAACUUUUUUCCUACCCUCUCUUACCCUCUUCUUGCUUCCUUUAGCCCUUCAUAAGGCCUAAACAAUUUUAUGUAUAUAAAUAAUAUACCGCGGGUGCGCUAAGCUUUGGUAAUGAUGAAGAUUGCUCCAAAAAGAAUUUAAAUAAUAAAUUAGUCCCUGCGUAUUGUACGUUUGAUUAGGGCCCCUACCUGAACCUAUCAGUCCAUCCUUAAUUUUUUUUUUCGAUGCUUUUCCGAAUAAGAACCCCAUCAUCAGUGUCAACGAAAGGCAAACACAGAAUUAAUGUAAAAUAACUCAUGUGAAUUAUAAAUGAGCGUGAGGCAUUGAAAUAUUGGACAUUACAUAAAGUGUGACCAUUGGAAUCCAGGAAGGGACGUUGUCCAAAUGACCUACCCCUGCUACUUCAGGACAAAAAAAAGAACUAUACCUUGUGAAAAAUAAUAAAAAAAAAGGAUUGAGACAAAAAAUGUGGUGUAUAGCAGUAAAAAUCCACUUGAAUACCUUUGUGUAAAGUGAUGAUUUACAUUAGUGUCUCACUUAUGGAUUGGUUGGGGAGCAACUAUGUAUUUUCUUGGGGCAAAUGAAAGUGAAAAAUGACUUGGAUUCUUUGUCAUCGUUCGCUGGAUGGUUGUUUUUGAUUUGUGACACACGUGAAAAAUUACACAUAAAGGUUACAGAGUGGAAAAAUAGGUGUAAAUUGCGACAAAGUGAAUAAUGUGCAGAGUGAUGUUGAUAGAAAUCAGACAAAAUGGCAUAUCGCCCUAAGUAUCAAUCGGAUUGAGGGAAUUACCAAAGUAUCAUCGAUCACAACGUUUUUUGACUACGCCAAUUGAAUUGAAUCGGAUUUCUGCUGGAGUCACGGAAAUGGAUCGUCGCCGAGGGCCACACGUUUUCAUCAUAUCCAUAUCGAUGAUCUAUUGGCUCAAGUCAUCGGAUGCGUGGAAAUUGGACACGAGAGACAUGCAACUCUACACAAGUCAGGACAUCCUGUACUCGUGCCCCCUCAACCCCAUGUGCCAGUGCGCAAGUCUACCCAACGAGACCUCUUUAUUUCAAAUUAAUUGCAAUGAGGUUUCACUCUAUAAAUUUCCUGUCUUUCUGCACAACAGUGUCCGCCACAUUCAGAUUUCGCAGACACAUCUGCAGAACGUUGACGAGGAAACUUUUCAGGGAUUACGACUGGAGUCGCUGAAGCUUGUCAACAACGAUAUUCAUGAAAUCUUGGAAAAAAGUUUCAAUUCGAUGACACAUUCUCUAAUAACACUGGACAUGUCGGGCAAUUCAUUACACUCGCUAUGCCUAGAGGCUCUGCACAACAUCCAGACACUGACCCGCUUGGUGGCACAACGGAACCACAUUGAGGCACUAGAUGGCAAUUGGGGCAGCUUGACGGAAUCACUGCGAAGUCUACAUAUCUCGGGGAAUUCAAUAACAGAACUGUCGUCACCCUUCGAUGAAAGGAAAAUCAAUAAUGGAACUCAAUCGCCACCAAGUACCACUUUGUCCACGAGAACAUUUGCCAAAUUGCGGAAACUCGUGUGGUUAAACCUCAGUGAGAAUCGGUUAUCACACGUGGGUGGGAAUUCUCUACCAAGAUCCCUGGUCACGUGUGACUUUUCGCGAAACGUGCUCACAACAUUUCCAGUGGGAGCUUUUGAGCAUCUACAUGACAUAAAGAUAAUAUCAUUGAAAGAUAACCUACUGACCAGUAUAGACGGGAUUGAAUUUGCCAAUAAGGUACACCUCGAGAAAAUAGACUUCAGCUUCAAUGAACUGACUGGUGUCCCUAGUCAAUUAUUCAAUGGAACAAUCCGAUCUAAGGCCAUCAAUCUCGAGAACAAUUUUCUCACAAGCCUGCCAUCAGCAGCCUUCAGGGGAACGUCUGCGGUUCAUGUUGUCCUAGCAUUCAAUAGUAUCGCAUCUAUUGACUCUUGUGCUUUUGCUGGUCUCGAAAACACCCUAGAAUAUUUAGACUUGGAAAGGAACCACCUAUCGAAUGUGUUCGAGGGUCUAGAUACCCUCAAUCGAAUGCGAUAUCUCUACCUAACAGCCAAUGAAAUUAACCAUAUAGCCCAUCUACCACCUACCCUCAAAGUCCUCUCACUAAGCAGUAACAACUUCACUAGCAUCCCAGCUGAGAGCCUGCAAAAUUGCACGGACCUAUCGUACCUCAAUAUGGGCUACAAUAAGGUAUCCGACCUACCCGAAAAUGGUUUCGUGUCCUGGGGUGCUGAACUACAAACGCUACUACUGCGUAACAACAAGAUCACAAUGCUCAACUACGGUUCCUUCAAUGGACUAGAUUCAAUCAAAGAGAUUAGUUUGAGUUUCAAUGACAUUCACUAUGUCCAUCCUAGUGCUUUUGUCAACAUAUCAAAAACCCUAAAGAUACUGGAACUGUCGUUUGGAAUAUAUCGCGAGGAUAUACCGCUUGAAGCACUAAAUCCUCUUACUGAGCUUAUGUGGCUGGGACUGGACAACAACAAUCUCAAACUAAUCCCAGAUGACUCACUAAUUUCACUCAAAGAGCUCACCUUCAUCAACAUCGCCUAUAACCGCAUCACUGUCCUCCCCAGAACGAUAUUUGUUCCGGAAAUCCAUAAGAACCUAAUGGAUGUCGACGCUUCGUACAACGUCAUCGAAAGACUCUUCACAAAUACUUUUGACGAACUAAUUAUGCUGCAGUUUGUUAACUUGGCGUCGAACAAUAUUCGACAUCUGGAACGACAUUGCUUUCACAACCUACCCUUCCUCACCUACAUUGACCUAUCGUACAACAGCCUGAGAAACGUUACCGAGGCUGCUUUUGCCUUUCUGCCAAAUCUUCUAGCACUAGAUCUUAUGUUUAACAGUCUCUCAUCAUUUUCAUUGAAAGCAUUUAGACAUGUAUCCAACUCCAGUACUCCUAUGCGUCUGAACAUAAGUCACAACGAAGUUGCGGUUUUUGAAGGAGAAUUGAGUUCCUACCUCUACGUACACACCCUAGAUGCAAGUCACAAUUUUCUCACAGAUCCAGGGGUCUUUCACAAUCUAGGGCAGAGUCUGCGGAAACUCUAUCUUCAAAGCAAUAAUAUAUCAUCCCUUACUAACCAUGCCUUUGGAGACUUAGAGGUUCUAGACUGCUUAAAUUUGUCCAACAAUAACAUAAGUUCCCUACGCCGGAGGAGUUUUCAGGGUCUUAUGAAUCUUCAAGAGUUAGAUCUCAGUGAUAAUCGCAUUGAACAGUUGCAAUUUGAGCAGUUCGGCUUCUUGAAGAAACUGAGAGUGCUCAAUCUGAAAGGAAAUCGUCUAAAGUCCCUGCCUAGGGAUGCCUUCGUUAAUACGAGGAUUGAGUUUCUAGAUAUGUCAGGAAAUUUCCUCGGCCUCUGGCCGGCAAAUACAUUCUCAGACAUCGGUUUUACCCUGCGGUCUAUAAGACUGGAUGGUAAUCAGGUUGAGUACCUAGAUGCAACUAUGUUUAGCAAUACGAAUUUCUUACUAGAAUUGCGACUAGCGCACAAUCGCAUAACUGUACUGCCCGAUAACACCUUCAGUCACUUACCAAAUCUCACAACGCUUGACAUAAGCUUCAACCCAUUGGUUUCGACCAAUUUUAAAGAACUACUGUUGCAUCUACCAAGCCUUAGGAGAUUGAAUCUUCGUUCAACUGGGCUGUAUACUUUGCCGCCCAUGGUGGCACAAUCCAGACUCACAGAACUGGAUAUUAGUCAGAAUCAUAUCCAAGACAUGUCAUCAUUGAGGGAUGCUCCUCGGUUACGGGUCCUACAUGUGGCCUAUAACAAAAUCGUCAAUCUGACACAUUUGGUGAGAUACAUUCCACAGAGACUGAGGGUCCUGGAUUUGUCCGGUAACCCAAUCCGGAAGGUGUCUUCGAACGACUUUGCCCAGAUAUGCUUCCUGGAUGACCUUUCAAUUGAGGGAGUCAAACUUCCUGCUGAUGCUUUUGUUCAACUACGAAAUCUACGAGUUCUCCAUGUAACAUCCCAGUACCAUCUUGGAGAGAUUAUUUCCCGAACAAGGACCAUUCGGGAGCUUCAUGUUACGGUUCUGGAGGAACAUAUCCAUGAACGUUUGUUUGAGAAAGCUAUAAAUGCUACAAAGAUAAAUCUUCUGGACAUCAGAGGUCCACGUGCCAAGACAAUCUCCCCAAAUGCCUUCAAUGGCUUUGCUCGCAGUCAAGACUUGACGAUUCGACUGCGAAAUACCCUUAUCAACGAUCUGCCCCCGGGGCUGUUUUAUGCUCUAAAACACGUACCCCGCCUCAAAAUCGACAUAUCAGACAAUCUUCUGGCUACCCUGUCGCCAGAUACCUUCUAUCCUAAUGCUAGUGCUUGGGAUGCUGUUGGAACGAGAAGCAUCAUUGGCGGAUUAGAUGUUUCCGGCAAUCCCCUGCAAUGUGACUGUGGACUCGUGUGGCUUGGUCACUGGCUCCGGAGGUGGCUAAGAGAAACCGUCCAAAUUCAUCUGGUGACGAAGGAUGAACAACAAAUUAUGUCAAGGCAAGCAAGAGGUAACACUUGCCUGGAUCCGAUAAGUGGUAAGAAAUUGACUUUCCUGGAGAUCUUCCCUGAGGACUUACUGUGUCAUGCCAGUGCACUCAGUAGCUUCGCACAUCGAUUCGCUGGUCGAGAAUCACAGAGACAUUUAUUUGGUCCGCACACCAUUCCAGCCCUUCUGCUCAUCAUCUAUUUUUUAAUACUGUAGAAGAGACAAAUCCAGGAAGGGUAAGGCGGAUGCCCACGGAGGAAAUUUACUUAAUUAGCAAAUAUCCAAUAAUUAUACAUAUAGAACUUUUUUUUACCAUGAACACCGAGAACGAGUAAAUGUAUGUAUAUAUAGGGAAGUAAAUAUAGAAUAAAUUAAUUGGGCCAUUUUUUUAUCCACCAAAUGGCCCAAUAUUUGUAUAAAGGCAAAAACAAAAUACACACAAAAA